AUGCGUCUUUCCCGCGUUGCAAUUGCGGCAGCUGUUGCAGCUCGGAACAAAUCUCUCGCGGCGGCUGGAGGCUCUCUUCCCACCGCUCCCUCUGCUCUGACUCCGCCUCCUUCUGAAGUUUCAGAGUCGGAGCCCCAGAUCCCACCCUCUGUUCUUGUGUUGAGCGCAGAUCCGUCAUCUGUGGUUUCUCAACCAAGCGAGUCUCAGGUUCUCGAUGCUCCACCGACUGUUGAGGUUCUCAUCUCCGGUCCUGGUUCGAUAACAACGGAAAUUUCUGCAGGCUGUCUACCGGGUGAGACGCCUGUUGCUACGGUGGCGGCUCCACCUCGUAAUUGGUCGGAGCUGUUUAAAGAGUCAUCCUUAUUAGACGAAAUAGGAACCCCGAGCGAGCAUGUAUCUGGGGUGCCAUUUGUUUUGAUUCCGGAUGAGAAUGUGGAGUCUGCGAAGGAGGAGUUUAAGGAUUUUAUCUUUGCCAGAUUCCACGGUGACGCUCCGGAAAUGGGAAGGAUAAUUGGCGUUGUUAACGCUAUUUGGGCUCGUUCAGGUCCUCGUAUUUUCGUUCAUAAUAUUGGGCAGGGUUCUUAUCUCUUGAAGGUGAUCAACCCUCGAGUGAAGGAAGUAGUGCUAAGCAGAAGUAUGUGGCAUAUUGCUGGUUACCCCAUGUUUGUUGCCCCAUGGUCAUCUGAUUUUGAUCCAGAACAGCCGCCGCUGACAUCCGCCGUGGUGCCCGUUGAGUUCAGAGAUGUCCCGUAUUUACUCUUCAACAGACAAAGUUUAGCCAGGAUUGCUACUGCGGUUGGAAAACCAGUCUCACUUGCACCGGAAACUGAGAGGAAGGAUAAUUUUCAUGUGGCUAAGGUCUACGUGCGUGUUGAUUUACGGAAUGAGCUACCAAAGAAGAUCAUUUCUGGGUUCUCCAAUGGCAAGGAGGUGGAGAUAGCUGUGUCCUACCCUUGGCUUCCUUCAAAGUGUGCUUCGUGUGGAAAGCUUGGGCAUGAUAGAAAUAAGUGCCGCUCAAGGUUUUCCCUUCCCACUACUGAUCGCGAGAGUAACAGACGAUCUCUCAGUUCUGCUCGUAGAAGUGUACAGCGGGAACGGCCACGAGUGAGACGAUCUAGACCUGGACGCUCUCGCAAUAGACGCCUAAAGAAGCGCCUAUUAUCUGAUCAUUCCGCUUCGACAGAUGGAAAGAGUGAUAAAGAGGGCGAUGUGGAGAAGAUGUACACAUCCUCGGAUGUUCUCACAAGUAAGAUGAGUACGCCUGAUCCGCCCUCCGAUCAAGGAUCAGAUGGUGAUACAUUGCCAGCUAAGGGCAUCUUGGAGGUGUCUCAUUCGACACCAAAUGGUCAUGAGCAGGCACUACAAAAGACGAGCGAGCUAUUAAGUUGUUCAGAGGUGGUGUCGACUACCAUUUAUAAGGAUCAGUCUCAUGUUUUGGAGGAGGUAGAAGCUCCGUUUCUUUUGGUCUCGCGCCGAAAGAGUGGCCGCAAGGCUACAUCAAAUCACUUGUAUAUAAUCAUCAUGUUUUUUGUGUGGAACGUAAGAGGUCUGAAUAGUGCAAGACGCCACAGUAUGACUAAAGGCUGGAUUAAUAUUCACAAGCCGCUUUUUGGAGCUUUUGCUGAAACUCAUAUACAACAAGCAUAUAGUAGUAGAAUAUCUCAAGCUAUUCCUCGGGGGUGGAGGUUUUUUGGUAAUUUUGAUCAUCACAGCACGGCAAGGAUUGUAGUAGUAUGGGAUCCACGUGUUUCUGUGAUGGUUUAUCAGGCGUCGGCUCAAGCUGUCACCUGCGGUAUUUUUAUUGGGGACUUGGAGGUUAGUCUUACGGUCACCUUUAUUUACGGUUUCAACCAUGUGGACGAGAGGGUUUCUUUAUGGGAGGAGCUUCAUCAGAUUGCUACUUCUACCCUUGUCUCAUCGCAUCCUUGGGCUGUCCUUGGAGAUUUUAACCAAAUCUUAAGAAUCUUGCAGCAUUCUAAUCAUUUGGACGUGGAAGUUGACACAUCUGGGAUCGAUGACAUGAACCUAGCUUUGCAAGAUGCAGAGCUAUUUGAAGCCCAAACAAAAGGGUUAUCUUUUACUUGGUGGAAUAGUCAAGACGAGAAUCCGACAUCAAAGAAAAUUGGCCAUGCCUUAAUUAAUCACCAUUGGGCUAUUCAGUACCCGGAAGCAUAUGCUGAGUUCCUAGAGCCACAGCAAUCUGAUCACUCGCCAUGUUUGUUUCAUGUUCCAACAUUGAGGAGGCAUGUUCGCAAGCCUUUUAAGUUCUUCCAUCAUAUUAUUGAUCACCCAGAGUAUCACCCCUCGGUCAGCGAGGCUUGGAAUUGUGGCAGCAUUCAAGGAACUCUGCAGUUUAAGAUUGUCAGAUCUAUGAAGCUUGCGUGGGAUAAAUAA